AUGCCAGCCGUCCUGUGGGGCUCCGCAGAGCAGAGCUCCAGAAGCCCUGCUGGGUUCGCACCCGACGUGCGUGGCCUCGCCUCUCUGUCUCUUCCUAUUCAUAUUUCAGCAGGGAAUCAGAGAAGAAAAAUUCCAGUAACACCUGUGCUGCUGGUGUAUGAAGAUGAUACUUGUCCUUCCUGCACUAUAGGUCGUGUAAACCUCGACGUGCCUCGGUUUCCUCCCCGGUCCCGUGAGAGCGGCACGUGUGAGACCUUCGCGCGGGGCCGUGGCGGGCCUGAGACCGAGAGCUGCGAGGGCGAGCUUUCUGGAGCCAGCAUCACCAACACCACCCGCGCCAGGAAGACACGUUCUCGGUAUCCUGGAGCCCCAGAGAGCGGCUGGGGAAGCCAAGCUCUAAAAUUAGCCCGGCUUCCAGGCCGGGCGCCUGGAGCACCCUCAGGCUCUUCGCGCCGCCCCCGUCCCCCCGCCCCCGUCCCCCCGCCCGCGGCGCUCCGAGCCCGCGAGUCAUCCCGGCCGCGCGGCUUCUCCCCCCUCGCCCUUUGCGCCGGCGGUUUGGGAGGAGGAGACAGCGGGAGAGAAGCGCGAGGGGGGCGGCGAGGGAGAGGGGCUUGGCCGCGCGUCGGCGUCGGCGGUGAUGGGGAGCGCGGAGCAGCCGGGCGGCGAGCACUAGCGGCGGCGGCGGCGGCUCGGAGCAGACGCGGGAGCGGGCGCUCCUCCCGGCAGCUGCGCCGCGAGCUGCGCUGUGGAUCGGGGUCUGGCGCCCCCGGCCCCCUACUCCCGGCUUCGCCCCUCCGCCCGCGAGCCCCCGCGGUGGCGGCGGCGUCCCGAGCGCCUCUGCUAGCGGCUCCAGCCCCGGCGGGCGCGCGGCGGGCACUGCGGCGGCCGCGGCCGGGUGGCCGGCUCGGCCCGGGCGGGAGCGCCGGCCGAGGAAGAGCCCGCGGACAGCGCCUGGUGGAGCGGAGCGUCGCCGGCGGAGGCAAGGACGCACAGCUGCAGCUGCCGGAUGGGAACGGGGGGCUCGGGGGGCUCGGGGAGGUGAGAGCCGGCGAGGCGCACGGGGGAAACUUUUCACCUGGUAAAGUUCCUGCCUCGGCACGGCUCGGCAGCCUUGGCUGCCGCCGCGAGGAGGAGGGGAAGGAGGCUCGGUCUGGCGGCGGCAGCCGGGAGGCUGGCAUGGAGAGUUGGCCAAGUUUGGGGCUGAGGAUUUGGAAAAGGGGGCGCGGGGCGGCUUGCAGAACGGUGCACCCAGCCCCCGACUCCCGGCUGCUUGCCCGCUGCAGGUGGAUCGGAGGGCCAGGCGGCGAGCCUGCUCGGUGGCUGCUGCUGGUGGGGCGCUGUAGGGAUGUUCAGAAGCCAAAGGAUGCACUUGGGGACCCGAGGCUCAAGUUGGGUCGUUGCCUGGUGAGGCGCCGGCUGUAG